AUGACCACGCGAUUUAAGAAGAACAGGAAGAAGCGUGGCCACGUGAGCGCCGGCCAUGGCCGCAUUGGGAAGCACAGGAAGCAUCCUGGUGGUCGCGGAAACGCUGGAGGCAUGCACCACCACCGCAUCCUAUUCGACAAGUAUCACCCUGGUUACUUUGGCAAGGUCGGUAUGAGGUACUUCCACAAGCUCCGCAACAAGUUCUACUGCCCUAUCGUCAACAUCGACAAGCUGUGGUCUCUCGUACCUCAGGAAGUCAAGGACAAGGCCUCCCCCAGCAAUGCCCCCAUGAUCGAUGUUACUCAGUUUGGCUACUUUAAGGUGUUGGGCAAGGGCGUGUUGCCGCCUUCGCAGCCUGUUGUUGUGAAGGCCAAGCUCGUCUCAAAGAUCGCCGAGAAGAAGAUCAAGGAGGCUGGUGGCGCCGUUGUGCUCACCGCUUAG